UGGUCUCUGGUCUGCAUCGUCGCGUACGGCGUCGACGACGGUCGCCUCGUCCUCCAAACAAAUCCGCCCAUUGAUACCGCGUCAGGCAGAAGCGAUGGCGUCUGAUUACCCGGCUGAACCUCAGCCGCAUCCGUACCUUCACGAACCCGUGCUCUAUAUCACGAACCUCCCUUCGUAUGUGAGCGAUGAAAACCUCGCGCUAGCAUUUCAGUUCUGCGCGCCCUUCCGACCCGUUAUUGCGCGCGAUGACUCCGGUCAACCCGUCUCGGGCACCAUCCAGUUCAAGUUUCUCGAGAAAGCUGAGAAGGCACUCGCCACACUGCACAACCGCCCUGUGCCGGAAUUGCAACCACCGGUGAUCCUCAACCUCUCGCCGUACCCGCCUACCACGCCCCCGACGCCUCUGCCGCCACCUUCCGCGUCCCCGCGUCUAGUGAAGCAACUACCUCCGACAUACACCGAUUCUCUCCUUUACGAUCUUUUCCGACCAUUUGGCGCCCUGGCGUCCGCAAAAACCGACGCUGGCUUUGGCAUAGGUACGGGUGUUGUGGAAUUUUGGCGCGAAGAAGACGCGCGUGCAGCAGAGGAAGCGAUGCAUUGCGCUGAGGUAGAGGGUCAAAACAUCGCCGUGCAGGUGUAUCAACCACGCAGAACGAGCGGUCUGCAGGAGUUCAGCGCGAACGCACCGGCAUUUGUACCAUCUGGUGGCGCUUAUUAUCCCAAUCCUCAAGCCCGGGAUUUCUCCCCACAGGGCCGGCAAUAUUCUCCUCCCUCACAAAGGAGUCCGUAUCUCCGACCUGUAUCGAUGUUCGUGCACGGACCCGGGCAGCAAGUGCAACCAGCUGCACCUGGAACGAGUCAUAGUGGUCUGAUCGAUCCGUGUAAUUUGUUCUGUAAAAACCUCGAUCCCGAGCUUGACUCCAACAGUCUAUUUGCCCACUUCCGCAAGUUCGGCCAAAUCGUCAGUGCGCGUGUCAUGAGGAACGAAAACGGCGAAAGUCGCGGCUUUGGCUUCGUCUCCUACCAAACUCCAGAUCAAGCUGCUGCGGCGAUGCACGCUAUGAAUGGCGCCGUGAUUGGCUCCAAGGCUAUGGUUGUCCGGUUACACGAACCCAAACAACUUCGCCAAGAGAAACUUGCGCAUAGGUUUGGUAACGGUCACCCGAGAACGGCGAGCGGGUCAACCAGCCCUACGGCGAGCGAAAUGGGCGAGUGGGCGGCGCAAAGUCCUAGCUACGGUGGUUGGGGCAGCCCACGUUCGAGGGCUCCUUCCGUGCUUGCAUCACCUGUGAUGAACCAGCACAUCAUCAACGAUCGUCCGGAAAGGGUCCGACGGGGGUCGGGAAGCUACUACAAUGCUGCCCUUUCCGGAACGCUCAAUUUACCCAUGCAAUAUGAUGACCUCGCGGCUCUCUCGCCCGUGGUUCGCAAAGAGGUGCUGACCGGCGAUCUGUCGCGGCGGUUGAAGGAGAUGGAGCUGGUUCCUGCAGAUGAGCUCUCUGCCAUCGUAGACUCCCUGGUUGGCUUGUCUCUCAGCGAAGUCGUCCAAGGCAUCCAGAAUUCGGAGAAGCUGAAGGACCAAGUCAAGACAGCCCAGCGCACCGUAUUCGGAAAACCUGCCACGCCGUCUCCACCUGCGAAGUCACCGUCGCCGGCUGCCUCUCAUGACUCUCGUCUCCUCGACGCCAACACGCUCAACGCUACGGCAUCCGCACCCGAGCAUCCUUCGACGCCCGUCUCCGUCGCUGCCUCUAUCUCGACACCCCCGCGCACGGCAUCGCCGUCUGGUUCUGUCCCUCCGGCCUCGGAGCGCGAGCGGAUGGCACAGGCUGUCGCUAAGCUGGAACCGACUCGCCAGGCCGACCUCGUCGAGUUACUCAUGACGUUGCCGAAACGCGAUCGGGCGAUGUGCUUGUUCAACAGCGAGAUCCUGCGCCAGAAGAUUGCCGAUGCGAAGAUGGUGCUUGACAGCUCCGACGGCGAGGAAGAGACUGCUUCGGCUACGAUCCCCACGCCUUCGACGCCCCAGGCUCGCAAGGUCUCGAACAUGACCAAUUUCAGCGACGAGUCGCCGAAAACACCUGCUCUGUCGUCGCGUGCGCCGUCCGCGGCUGCAUCCCCAGCACCUGCGACCCCAAGCGCACCCACCACCACCUACACCAUCGCGUCCCUUGCGCGGUUGCCGGCUGUGGAGAUCAUCCGAUUGGCGAACUCUUCGUCGGCGACGGGCUUGCCGUUGCCUAAGGCCGACCCGCUCAUUGUGAAGAGUACGGAUGAGUUUAUCGAUAGCUUGUUGGAUAAGCCCAUCCAGCAGCAGAAGCAGGCGUUGGGUGAUAAACUCUGGAGGGUGGUGAAAUCAUUCGGGAUCAAAGGCGCUCCUAAGCUCACCAUCACGCUGUUGGAUCAAGAUGAUCUUCGCGCUCUCGCGCACCUAAUGAACAGCUAUCCUGCGGUCCUGAAAGAAAAGGCCUUGAUCAUUCAACAAGGCGUGUCCGCGAAGUAAACUCGGCGAAGGCCGAACCCUCCUUGUCUCUAUGUUCCUAUACCAGUCGAGACCUGUCGCGCGUUGCCGUUCCGGCAUUCACCCCUACGUUCUCUGCUAUCAUACUAUAGCUCCAUCCACGGAUCAUUACACGUCUACGACCAUUCCCCCCUUCUUUCUUCUCUUUUGAAGCUCUGCCCGCCCUAGUCCACGCCACAAAUCCCACCUUAUUCCCCGCCGC